AUGCCUAGUAAAAGAAUCUCGAAUAUAAUCCCUAAGAAUAGCGAUGUUGUUCUUUUAAAAAUACAAAGCAUUCCGGAAAAGGGUGCUUAUGAUACAAAUGACGAAAAGACCUUUUACAAUGUCAAACCUGAAGAAAUCCAAAAGGAAAAAUCAACGAGCUUUCGAAAUCUUUAUCGAUUCUUCACGCCGAUUGACUUACUGUAUUUCUCAUUGGCGAGCUUAGCAGCUGGAGUACUUGGUCUUACAUUACCGUUAUCCAUGGUAAUCUUCGGCGAAUCGAUUGAUGCAUUUAUUGAUAGCACAACCAAUCUUUGUUCAUUGAAUUAUACGUCUUUAACUGAAAUGUAUUGUCCACCGGGAAUCAUUUUAACAUCAUCAAAUUUCUAUUCAACAUUAUCAAUAUGUAAUAUUACUGGUAUCAGUGUGGAUACGAAUGUUCGGAUACAUAAGCAAAUAGUUUAUUCGGUUAUUAUUGGUUGUGUAGCGUUUCUGGGUGGUUAUAUUCGAACUGUGGGAUUUAAUUCCUUAGCAGAUCGACAGAGUCGAAUCAUUCGUCAUAGAUUUUUUCGAUCUAUUCUGCAGAAAGACGUUUAUUUCUUCGAUCAGCACAAGACUGGCGAAUUGAGUACAUGUUUAACUGACGAUAUUAAUAAAAUUGCCAAUGGGAUUGGAGACAAACUCGGAACAGUGAUAGAAAUAGGAUCAACUUUCAUUAGUUGUUUAAUUAUUGGCUUUAUCAAAGGAUGGAAAUUAACACUUGUUGUGUUGUCAAUGCUACCGAUUGUUUUCCUGGCGAUUAUCAUUUCGAGUAGAAUUAUUGGAAAGAUGGUUUCGAAAGAACUGAAAGCGUAUGGUAAAGCAGGUGCAGUUGCCGAAGAAGUGAUUAGUUCGAUUCGUACAGUUUUGUGCUACAAUGGUCAAGAACGAGAAACACAUAGAUAUGAACGGCAUUUGGAUGUAGCGAAAAAGAGUGGGAUGAAGAAGAGUCUUGUGGAUGGUAUAGCAAAUGGAUUAUUAUUAUGUUUAAUCUAUUCCAUAUUUGCAUUAGGAUUCUGGUAUGGAGCGAAAUUAGUUCGAGAGGAAAAUUAUAGUAUUGGCAAUGUUUUCACAAUUUUCAUGGGUAUCUACAUGGGCGUUCUUUGUUUGGAACAAGCAAGUCCAUUUUUUCAAGCAGUUAUUCAAGCUCGAGAAGCCAUUAGUAUUGUCUUGAGUAUCAUCGACGAGCCAUCAACUAGCAAAAAUACGUUAGACAAGGGUUUAAAGAAAAAACAUCUUACGGGUACUAUACAGUUUUGUAAUGUUCAUUUUUCCUAUCCAACACGAUUGAAUGUUCCGAUACUUCAUGGUGUUUCAUUCAACGUUGAACACGGUCAAACCAUUGCAUUAGUCGGCGCUUCCGGAUCCGGUAAAUCAACAUGUAUUCAAUUACUCCAACGAUUUUAUAGUUAUCAAUCGGGUGCGAUUCUUCUCGAUGGUGUCAAAGUCAACGAUUAUAAUCUACAAUGGUUACGACAACAUAUUGGUGUUGUUAGUCAAGAGCCGAUCUUGUUUCAAACAACUAUUCGUGAGAAUAUCUUGUUCGGAUGCCAAUCAGCUACGGAUGAACAGAUAUACGAAGCAGCUAAGAUGGCUAAUGCACACAAUUUUAUCAUGUCAUUACCACAUAAAUAUGAGACCCAUGUUGGUGAACGUGGUGUGGCAUUAUCUGGUGGACAAAAACAAAGAAUUGCCAUUGCUCGAGCAUUGAUUCGAAAUCCAAAAAUUCUACUUCUUGAUGAAGCUACAAGCGCACUCGAUAACGAAAGUGAAAAAUUAGUACAAGAGGCACUGGAUCGUGCUGCUCAAGGUCGAACCACAAUCAUCAUUGCACAUCGUCUUUCAACAAUUCGUCAUGCGAAUAAAAUUAUCGUUCUACAGAAAGGUGAAGUAGUUGAAGAAGGUGACCAUGAUUUGUUGAUGAAAAUGCAUGGCAUCUACUUUGGUCUUGUUGAACAUCAACAGUUGCAACAGGUGGAAGAAAUCGAAGCGAUACAAGUUGAAAAACCUGAACCAAUUCUAACAUCCGCCGCUCGAUAUGACCUAAAUAAGAAACGCCGGUCAACACUGGCAAAUAUUGCUGCAUCUAUGAUCAAUACUUUUCAUCCGAAAAGAAAAUCAAUUGAAGAAGUGCAAAAGCGCAUUGAUUCGAACACGACUUUAUCGAUUUUGAAAAUGAACAAACCUGAAUGGUUAUUAAUUGUUCUCGGAUGUGUUGCUGCUCUCGUGAAUGGUACACUCGAACCAACAUCAGCGAUUGUACAAACAAAACUAGUGACAGCUUUCGAAGAAUGUGAUAAAGACAAGCAAGCAAAACAAGUGCUGCUCUGCUCUCUCAUCUACAUCGGUUUUGGAAUCUGUGGCUUCAUUGUUCAAUCGUCACAGAUUUUCCUGUUUGCUUGGGCCGGUGAAGCUUUGACGAAACGACUUCGUUCAAAAACUUUUCGCGCGAUUCUUCGUCAAGACGUUGCGUUCUUCGAUGAGCCUGCUCAUAGUAGCGGGGCAUUGUGUACAUAUCUUGCAACGGAAGCAUCUGCUGUACAAGGUGCCAGCGGGGUUCGUUUAGGCGUUCUGCUUCAGAAUUUUGUCACUGUUGGUGCUGGAAUUCUCAUUGGUUUCAUCUUUUCUUGGCAAUUGACAUUAUUGAUCAUCGGUUUCUUGCCAUUGAUCAUCUUUGGUGCAGUCCUACAACUUCGUUUGAUUACAAAAUUCGAAAAGAAAGACAAAGAACAUUUAGAAAAUGCCGGAAAAAUCGCAAUGGAGGCAAUACAAAAUAUUCGAACGGUCAUGCAAUUGUCUAAAGAAACUUAUUUCUACGAUCAAUACACGAAAUGUAUCGAUACGGUACAUCGCGAUUUACCCAGUUCAUCACGAAAACGUAUACAAAUGUUAAGUAUUCUGUAUGCUACGACGAGCGCAAUGUUUUUCUUUGCAAUGGCUGCACUGAUUGCUCUCGGGGCUUAUCUAAUCAAUCGACAGAUGAUCACAUUUGAAGAUUUUUUUAUGGUCUUUGAUUCUAUUGUUCUUACUGCUCGGAUUGCCAGUCAAACCUUAACAUUAUCUCCUGAUUAUGGUAAAGCGAUAAAAGCUGCAGAGAAUAUCUUUGAUCUAUUGAAUCGAAAACCAUUGAUCGAUAAUGAAUCUCGAAAAGGUCGUCAGAUUUCGGAUUUUACUGGACGAAUUCAAUUCGACGAUGUUACUUUUCAUUAUCCAAGCAGACCAGAGGCUACAGUUCUGAAACAUUUUAAACUACAAAUUAAAUCUGGGCAAAAAGUCGCUUUGAUUGGUACAUCUGGAUGUGGCAAAUCAACAACUAUCCAACUAAUUGAACGUUUCUACGACCCGAUCGGCGGUGGUUUGUUAGUUGAUUCGGAAGAUAUAAGAAAUCUUGAUUUGUAUUGGUAUCGAUCUCAAAUCGGACUUGUUUCACAAGAACCAAUACUGUUCGAUAUGUCCAUUCGAGAAAAUAUUGCCUACGGUGAUAAUAGUCGAGAGAAUAUUCCUAUAGAAGAAAUCAUCCAAGCUGCAAAAAGUGCUAAUGUACACGAUUUCAUUCAACUUUUACCCGAUAGAUAUGAAACCAGAUGUGGUGCAAAAGGUGUUCAAUUAUCUGGUGGACAAAAGCAACGAAUUGCAAUUGCUCGAGCAUUGAUACGCAAUCCAAAGAUCCUCUUGUUCGAUGAAGCAACGAGCGCACUGGAUACUGAAAGCGAGAAGAUUGUUCAAGAAGCUUUAGAUCGUGCUCAAGAAAAUCGAACGUCUAUCACCAUCGCACAUCGCCUAUCAACAAUCCAAAAUGCAGACAUGAUUUGCGUCCUGCACAAUGGCGUCAUCGUUGAAUGUGGUACUCAUGCAGAAUUACUUGCUCUGGGAGAUCGAUACUAUCAUUUAGCUUUGGGAAAACUUCAUUAA